AUGGAUAUCCAGGAUCAAUGCGAUGAUCGCAUUAUUGCGAAUCAGAUUCUGAACUCUAAUACCCGACCUCAUUCAUUCCUCAUUCGUCAAAUUUUCUUAUCCGACAGUAACCUUACACCGACACUUAUCCGAGCUUCCUCACCAGUAGUAUAUUCCUCCCUUAUCCUCAACAUAGCUGCCAACUGCUCACUUCUCACCCUUAUAUUCAAUAUCAACUUAGCACUUCUCACCGGGUAUUAA